AUGGCUCCAUUUUCCAUUUGCUCCCAGUGCAAGGCGAGAACUCGCAAGGUGACUAGGGAUGCCCACACAUUAAAGCAAAUUUACUUGUGCCCCACUUGCUUCAAUGCUAAAGCUGACGCGAAGAAUAUUGAGAAGGAAAAAGACCCAAAGCAGACAAAUCAUAAACAGCAGCAGCCAGCGCAGGCCACGACGAAGCAAGUGGCCAAGCCAGCCAUAUUUGUAGUGAGGCAGUCAAAGGCGAAGCCCAAGGCGGUGAAGAAGCCAGUGGCGCAGUUCGCGCACGUUGCACCACCGAGAGUGCCACAAGGAGGUGCGCCAGGCAACAUUCCAAAGCAUACGCCGCCCUUAAUGGAGCCCGUGGUCAUAAAUGGGCGAAAGUAUAUUGCGAUUAGUGCCACAGCCUCUGGCUAUUAG